GCCCCCGCCCGCCACCGCCGCGCGGCCCAGCCGGCGCACCCGAGCCUCACUCCCCGCGAGGGCCGCGCGGAGGGGCGCGCAGGAGGAGGAGGAGCCGUGGACCGCGGAGGGGAGGAGGGGAGUAGGGGAGCCGCGCUGGGAAGCCGAGGGCUCCUCGCGCAAGUGCCCGCAGCGCCUGGAAGCGUCCAAAGGCCCCGAUGCUGGGAGAAUAUGUGGAGGCCUCUCGGGGAACCAGGACCACUUCCACGAUGACGCAAUAGUCAUGCCAAAUUAUACAUGUAUAUUUCACCUCCACCCGGCAGGCCAGAGCCAUCCUCUCGGCCUCUAAGUGCACAACGAAACUAGAAAUCAAGGAAGAGAGACCAAAAGGGUUAAAAAAAAAAAAUUUAAGGCGCGUGGGGUGGUGGGGGUCCUUGAGCUGGAAAGCAGAGACCCUGGCUUAUUGCGUGGUUCCCCCACCACCACCACCACCACCCCCACCGCACGCCUUCCGUAGCACGAGCUUGAAUCAUUUACUAUGAAACCGGUGACUAAGGGAGAUACAGCGUAUUGAACCACUGAAGCACGCCCCCCCACACACACCAGCAAGAAAAGGGAUACCCCGUCGGCUCUGGACCUGGCAAAUGUACCUGGGCUCCCCCUGGAGGCCACAUUCUCCGAGGUCCCCUUUCGGUCCCCAGUGUCCCUCAGGUAUUCCGUUGUAAUCCCGGAUAACUGAUACACUCUAGUGCUCUGAAACUUGGCCUGUGCUCGAGGCGGCAACCCCUGCCCCUCUGCCUGGCGACGCUUGAACACACCCGUCUGGCCAGGUCCUGUUCACUGGCCAAGAGUGUGGCAUUGAACAUGGGGCACUGGGGCGGGGGUGCACUCCACGCUGACACCGCACCCCACCCCUUAACUUGCUGACCAGGGAUAAUCGCUUCCUUUCAUCGAUUCACGGCGUUAGAAAAAUGCAGCGUUGAGAGGCAGCGCGGAGGUCAACUGGACCAUCACCCUUAGGUUGCAGGGAAGAAAACUGAGACCUAGAAAGGUGAAGCGGUUGUCCCAAAGGCUUCCAGCUGCUCCCAGUACUCAAGGACUCGGAGCACACUUGGGGAGAUUCUCACUGUUGUAUUCCCAUUCCUCACUUUUCAGGAGGCCUGAACUCUCAAACUCCGAAUCUGAUUUCCACUCUCCCAGGAAGGCUACGGAAAUAACGGAAAGUUCCUUGCAGAUUCUCACUGAGCCUCUCCCCAGGCCCCACCCUUUGGCCCUGUGUGUCUGCGACUAGGUGGAUUGUCAAUACAGGAGUCCAUACUGACUCUGAAUCCCUAAUUUUGGCCUGUAUUCUUCUUCCUCUCUGAACCAUCUUUUUAGAAGUCACUGUACCAAGAGUGCCAAAAAACCAUCCCAAGACUCACAUAGGGUUGUUCCUCAUAGUGGAUGUUUUGGCCACUGAACAUCAGAACCACAUUUUGAGUUUGAAGAAUCUUCUACAUGUGAUGACCUACUAAAUGAUUUCACAGUCCACCAGAGGGUCAUGGUCCACACCUGGAGACACUCCAAUGGAGGUCUCUGCUGACUGAGUGCACUGGCUUGUGGCUGGAGCUGAGAAAGUGAAAUUCCAGAGACACUCCUGAAAUUGUCCUAAGUUAAAGGAGCCGAACAGUGUGCCAGCUCCCUCUCUGUCAUCCCCUCUGAGAGUAGCCAUGGCCCUGAGUGAUGUCGAUGUGAAAAAGCAGAUUAAGCACAUGAUGGCUUUCAUUGAGCAGGAAGCCAAUGAGAAAGCAGAGGAAAUUGAUGCCAAGGCUGAGGAAGAGUUUAACAUUGAGAAAGGACGCCUUGUGCAAACCCAACGACUGAAGAUUAUGGAGUAUUAUGAGAAAAAGGAGAAGCAGAUAGAGCAGCAGAAGAAAAUCCAGAUGUCCACCAUGAGGAAUCAGGCAAGGCUGAAAGUCCUGAGAGCCCGAGAUGACCUCAUCUCGGAUUUGCUCAGUGAGGCGAAGCUGAGACUCAGCCGGAUUGUGGAGAACCCAGAGGUCUACCAGGGGCUUCUGGAUAAACUGGUGCUCCAGGGUCUGCUCCGACUGCUGGAACCUGUGAUGAUUGUGCGCUGCCGGCCACAGGACCUCCUCCUGGUGGAGGCUGCUGUGCAAAGAGCCAUCCCCAAAUACAUGACAAUUUCCCAAAAACAUGUGGAGGUCCAGAUUGAUCAAGAGGCAUACCUGGCUGUGAAUGCAGCUGGAGGUGUGGAGGUCUACAGUGGCAAUCAGAGAAUAAAGGUUUCAAAUACCUUGGAAAGCCGACUGGAUCUCUCAGCCAAGGAAAAGAUGCCAGAAAUACGAAUGGCCUUGUUUGGUGCUAACGCCAACAGAAAGUUCUUUAUAUAAGCCUCUGGGAAGUGAAGCUAGUGUUGAACCACCAAACCACAAAAGUUUAAGUUUUGGGGGGAAAGGAAACUAGUAGUGUUUCCUCCUCUUUGGUGCUCUGAUAUUGUUCUGUUUUUCUUCAUGAAAUACCCCUUGGAUGGCUAAAGUGUUAACUUUGAAAUAAAGCCCAAAUUAAUGCUCAGAA